CAUUGUUCAUAUCUUUCUCAAGCAAAAUGUCUGACGAUUUGAAUUUUUCUAUGAUUUUCUUACUUACUUUAUUUAUCGUCUCUUGAAAAGUUUACUAAUUUAUCAAUUGAUUGAUUUGUUUGUUGAAUAGUUUAAUAGUUAAUUAUUUGAUAGUGAAUUCCACAGACAUCAAUUAUCUCAGAGAAUUAAUUGCCCAAAAAAAAAAAAUCUCAGAGAAUUUUAUGUUUUUCUCGGUGGGUGAUACCUAAGAUGAUGCUCCAUUGUUUUUUCUUGGCUGUGAGUUUUUUGCUUGCCCUAAUUGUUGAUUGGCUGGUUGCUGACAUAACAUACCCUACAAAAAUAGCAGAACCUGCAACAGUGGACAAAGGAAUGGCUUUUUUUUGGUUAAGGACAAAGGAAUCGUGGAAUCUUCUUAGCUAUUCCCGGAACUUUGGGAACAAAGUAGCAGAAAUCCCAAUUGUUCCAUGGAUUUUGAGGUUUAAGAUUUAGGGUUUUUGCACUUUUGGUUUUCCAAACUAAGGGAAAACCCCAGUUCUAUUGAAUAUCACUCUGUAUCUCUUUAAUGAAUGCAAAUAUGUUUUCUGAUUGUCCUUCUCCUGCUACUACUUCUUUUUCUUCUUCAUGGUUCAAGUCAUUUUGUUCAUCAUCUCUACGAUCGAAACCCCUUACUCGUGGUGUUCCUUUAGAAACUGGUGAAGGCCUGGUUCGGCAACUCAGUCUCCUUGAUCUCAUAUUCAUUGGGCUUGGGUGCACUAUUGGUGCUGGCAUCUUUGUCAUUUGCGGAACAGCUGCACGUGAUGUUGGCCCUGGUGUUGUAGUUAGUUUUUUACUUGCCGGAUUUACGUGCUUGCUCAAUGCCUUUUGCUAUGCGGAAUUGUCAUCAUGUCUUCCAGCUAUUGUGGGGGGAGCAUAUAUGUAUUCGUAUGUGGCGUUUAAUGAGCUUACAGCUUUUCUCAUUUUCGCCCAACUCAUGGUUGAUUACCACAUUUCGACCGCCACUAUAGCCCGUAGCCUGGCUAGUUAUCUGGUUAUGCUAUUGAAUAUUUUCCCCUUCUUUAGGGAGAACUGGCCUGGUUGGAUGGUGGCAAGUGGAGUAGAGUUAUUUGGAGGUGUCUUAUCCAUCAAUCUUUUGGCCCCUAUUCUUGUUUUAUUAAUGACGCUAAUAUUAUGCCGGGGCUUGAGGGAAUUAACCUUGAUGAAUUCAUUUAUGACUGUGACAAAGGUGCUUAUAAUCCUUCUUGUUAUUUUAAUUGGGGCUUUUGAGGUGGAUAUAUCCAAUUGGUCUCCUUUUGCUCCAAAUGGAUAUAAAGCAAUAAUUACGGGAUCCACUGUUGUCGCUUAUGCAUAUGCGGGGUAUGACUCAAUUGCAAGUUCAGCUGAAGAGUCAAAAAGGCCUCAGAGGGAUUUGCCGCUAGGCAUACUUGUAUGUGUGCUAUCUUGUGGUGUACUCUAUAUUGGUGUCUGCUUGGUGAUAACUGGAAUGGUCUCAUACAAAUCGCUUGGUGUGGAUGCUCCAUUAGCCGAAGCUUUUGCUGCAAAGGGUCUAAAAUUUAUUUCUGUUGUGAUCAGCGGUGGUGCCGUUGCUGGCCUUACGACGAACCUUCUUGGCCACAUUUAUUCAAAGUCACGCAUAUAUGUGGGGCUUGGAAGGGAUGGUCUGCUGCCAUCGAUCUUUGCUAAGGUGCACCCAACACGCCAUAUCCCUAUUCAUUCACAGGUCUGGGUUGGCACCAUCGUGGGAAUCAUUGCUGGACUCUUUGAUGUCCAUCGCCUUUCUCAUAUUCUUUCAGUUGGUGGGUUGGCUAGCUCUUCCGUUGUUUCAGCCUGUGUUGUAACUCUCCGUCUAAAACACAAGGAUACAAGGUUAACCUACAUGUUGGGGAUAACAACAUACCAGAAGGGUGUCAUCUGCUUUCUUGGAGUUGCUUCUUGUGGUUUUCUUACUGGGCUUUUAUAUCAAUGCAAUGCUUCAAAUAUCUGCAUUUUGGCAUUAGUUGUGAUGGCAGUGCUAUUUGCUGUAGUUCUUCACUAUAACCAAGAAUAUGCUGCACCUUCUGGGUUCUCAUGCCCUGGAGUUCCCUUUGUGCCAUUGGUUUGCAUCUUCUUCAACUUGUUCUUGUUUGCUCAGCUACACUGGGAGGCAUGGGUCAGAUUCGCAGUCGUGGGCAUUGUGAGCAUAGGCCUUUAUGCUGUUUAUGGACAACAUCAUGCCAAUUUGGCUGCUUCAGACAAUCAACACAACUACCAUAAGCUCCCAUCAGGGGAAUCUCAGUAGUUAGUGGCCGAAAUAAAGUACUUUAAAUGCAUUGUAUAUGGAAAUUUAUGUUGGAAUGUACAUAAUUAAAAGGAAAUGGAUUAUAUAUAUGGCUAUUUAUUUUUGAUACAAAAAGAUCAUAAAUCAAAAAAAAAUUUCUUGGACUUUGAGCAUGGUCAAUGAUGUAUCUGUGACUGUUGGAUUUCACAUCAACCGUUACGGUUGAUAUGACCUUCUUGUACCUAGAUAAACUUACUAUGAACUUUCCUAGAGGAAAAGAUAGCUGCAUGGUGUAAUAUUUGAGCCUGCAGUUUUAUUCACACUGUAUCUUGUUAGGAUUUUCAAACC